AUGGCAUUCUCAAGAUCUAUUCUUUUGGCUCUCCCUGAAGAAAUCCUGAUUGAAAUCCUUGUUAGAUUGCCAGUAACAUCACUAGUGCAAGCGAGGUCAAUCUGCAAAUCAUGGUACUCUCUAAUCACUGAUCGUAGCUUCAUUGAGUCACAUCUCAAACAUCAAACAAGCCCGAGCAACAACAACUACAGUCCUCUCUUCCUCUUUAGGUACCAACUUAGUUACAGUGAUCGGUACUGGCGUUACACACUACGUUAUGAUGAUGAAUCGUUUGGCGAGUAUUUUGAACCGGAGCUUCCAGUACAUAUCAGAUGCUUACGUGCAUGUGGGUAUUGUAAUGGUUUAGUAUGUUUGUAUGGGGAACUAAUAACGGCGGCAUCAAGAUUGGGACCGCCCAUAUAUUUAUGGAACCCAACGCUUAGAAGAAUGAAAACCCUCCCAGAAGUACCUCAAAGUCUUGAUCCCAGUUUGGGUGCUGAUUGCAGUAUGUAUUUGGCCUUUGGCUUCGACUACCGUGGUAAUGAUCACAAGGUAGUGGAGAUUAUUUGCUUCCCGCCAAACACAGAUAAGAAUAGUUUGUUCGUAGUUAAUGUUUAUAGUCUAAGCACAGAUUCUUGGAGAAGAAUUAGUGUUGCCUCCCCUUCAUGUAGGAUUUCAAGUACCCUACCUCAAAUCAUGAAUGGAGCUGCCUAUUGGAUUGCAAAGGGGGAUGGGAAUGGGGAAAGUGAUAACUCUACUUAUACCAUUUUGCAAUUCGAUUUGGGUGAUGAAGUUUUUAGAGAGAUAAUGCUGCCAGAUGGUACUCAGCAUGGAAUACCAGAUAUUGCGGUAUCGGGGGAAUCACUCUAUCUUUUUAUUAUUUGGGAGGGUGAAACUUAUCGAACAUAUCAGUGUGGUGUGUGGACAAUGGAGUGUAGCAAAGUGGGAACAUGGACAAAACGAUUUACAUUUAGUUUUUCGGAGAAUGAUUGGGGCAGUGAGACAGGCUUUAGAAGGAAUGGCGAAAUUCUGCAACUGCAUCACAGAAAUUCUCUGGUGUAUUACAAUCUUGAGAGCAAGCGAGCUCUGCGAGUACAUCACAAAACUUCUCUGGCGUCUUACAAUCUUGAGAACAAUCAAGCUAAGGAUCUUGGAAUAUUCCAUGCCUCUAUAAUUAGUUUUUUACAUUGUUAUGUGGAGAGCCUUAUUCUACUUGGUAAGGAAGAUUCUUAUUCCACAUCAUCAACAGAAAUUGAAGUACAUUGUGAAGAAGAGGUGUGA